AUGGCGUCUCAAACUGAUUCCGUCUCAAUAUUCGCUGAAGGAACGUUUGAGGAGCAGAUCUUGGAACUAGUCAAUUAUCUUGCCCGGACGCGAUCAGAAGAGGAACGACCAGCGUUUGUCGCCCCAUUCGAGAAUGGUUUGAAGACCGAGGAAGGACAGAAACCAGUAUCGGAGGAUCCUGAGAGGCAGAAGGCUGUUUUGAAGGAUGUCCUGCAGCAAGUGCAAGGACUUGGUGAUGGUUCAGAGAAAGAGGUCGAAGGCUUUUUCAAUCUUCUUUAUGCCCAUCUGUUGUCGAUUUACCCUCCUGGAUCACCCGAACUCAGAGAAAUCCUCGCAAACCUGCUCCAGAGCAUCUCGUCUUCGCCAUCCGACCAACUCCCCAUCAAAUAUCGCGUCCUCUCCAACCUUUUCAACUCGCUUCCUCGAAAUUCGCCUCUGAGAAGUCUGGUCUACACUACCAUCCUCCAAAUUGCUGUGGAAAAGGACGAUCUCAGGUCGUUGCAGUUGACAAAAUCCGAGGUUCAAAAGUGGAUAUCGGAAUGGGAUCUUUCUGACGAGCAAAAGGCCGAAUUCUUGAAGCAGGUUGCCGAUGCCUUUGCAAAGACUGGACAACUCGCCCAAUCCUACGAAUACUCCCUGCUCUACAUCCAGAAACUCCCAUCUACCUCGGAUGCAGCGCGCGAAGCCGCCGUGACCGCUCUUUCCAACGCCCUCCGCCUCCCCGAUGUCUUCGACUUUGACCCGCUCUUCAAGUUGGACGCUGUCAUCGCCGUGAAGGAUCACGAACUCUUUUCGCUGCUCCAGGUUUUCAUCAACAACGGGUUGGCGGAGUUCAAGGCUUGGGAGGCCAGCCAUCCCGGAUCGCUCGAGAAGCAUGGACUGGAUCGGGCAGUUCUGGAGCACAAGAUUCGUCUUCUUACUUUGGCAUCUUUGGCUGUUCAACAUGUUGGGCAGCACCUCCCUUACGCGAAGAUCGCUGAGGGUCUUGAAGUUGAUGUUUCAGAGGUGGAAAAAUGGGUCAUUGAUGUUAUCCGAGCCGGCCUCGUCUGGGGCAAACUCUCUCAAAACACACAAAAUCUCCACGUCACCCGCGCAACUUCUCGCUCUUUCGAGAAAGAACAAUGGGCUACCUUGGAGAAGCGCUUGCAGGCUUGGAAGUCUGGUUUGACAGGCGUUUUGGAGGUUGUCUCGAACGCCAAGAGGAUGGGUGGUCACCCGUCUGCUGUCCAGCCUCAAGCUGCUGCGUAA